AUGACAGAUGAGUUUCUGUUUCAAGACAAUAAGAACCAUACUGUCUGUAUAAAUCCAACAAAAGGAACUUUAAACGAGAAACCUAUAAAUGAACUUCUUUUGAAAGCAGAUGUUGACAACAAAGCUGACAAAGAAUAUGUAGACGAUGCAAUAGCAAAAGAAGAAGAAAGAGCUAACAAUGCUUAUGCAACAAAAGAACAUACUCAUCCUGAACUAGCAGACAAAACAUAUGUUGACAAUAAAAUGUCAAGUGAAGUGACAAGAGCUGAAAACGAAUAUUCUAAAAAGACUCAUAUACAUUCUAUAUCUGAAAUAACAGACUUACAAGAAACCUUAAACAAUAAAAGUGCCGUUGGACAUACACAUACCAUUGCAAAUAUUACAAACUUACAAGAAACCUUAAACAGGAAAAGUGACGUUGGACAUACACAUUCUAUAUCUGAAAUAACAGACUUAAACGUUAGCCUUGAAAAUAAAGCAGAUAAAACAUAUGUCAAUGAAAUAUACCAAAGUUUGAUAGGAACAACAAAAAAUAUUGAAACUAUUGUUGGGGAUGUUUCUGUCAAUGAAGAAAAUAAAUAUUUUAGAUGGGAGUUUGUACAGUCCUUAAAAAAUGGUAUACGGUAUAAACUCAUUCCGAAAAAUAACAAUGAAAUGUAUGUAAGCUAUAUAAAGAAUAAUGGUACACAAGUUAAAGUUCCAUUAGACAACAACUGUUACUUAAACUUAUAUGGAGACGAACAAAAGAAAUAUUUAAGAGUUUAUGAAAUGGCAGAUAUGACAUUACCUAACCCAGCUCCAGCACCAUAUUAUUAUGACUAUGGUGUUGACGCACGUGUAGACCCAAAAAAGCAAACAUUAUAUUUAGAAUAUUAUAGAUAUAAAAGAUAUAAUGCAAUAGAAAAAACGAGAAUAGUAUAUUAUUAUAUAGAUGACAAAAAUAAAUAUUAUAGUCAAGAUUUUACCUACCCCGAAAACAUAAGAUUAUAUUAUAAAAAAUAUUCUGACACAAACCAGAAGAAACCAGAAAUAGUUACACUAUAUUUUAAGUUCAAAAGAGACAAUCCUAUAUUAUCUCAUAUGUUUGAUUUAAUGAACCCAGUAGGUUCUAUUUAUACAUCUAUGGAAGCAAGAGGUCCUCAAGUAAUGUUUGGUGUUGGUGCAUGGGAACAAAUAGUUGACAGGUUUUUGUAUUGUGCAAACUCUUCAAAGGAAACAGGAGGAAGUAAAACGAUUUCAGGUGAAAAUUUACCUGCGCACAGUCACUACAUAGAUUUAAGUACAUCUCAAGCAGGUUGGCAUAAGCAUAAAUUUUGGGAUUGGUCAGCAAUGAAAAAAGGUAAAGGAUAUGAUGUUAAAGACGACGUUCAGUUUGCUAUAAAU